UUUUUAUAAGGCCCAGUUACGAAAUGGCGGAUGGCAUUUUAAUGCCAAAGAAAAUUGUGAAUUAAAAUAUUUCUUGAAGAAAUCUCGCUUUCGUUUUGAUGUCACGUUUUUUCAUGAAUUACAUAUUAAUUUUAUUUAGGUGUAGUACAAGCAGACGACGUUUAAAAAUGGGGUGAAUCAAAGUUCGGAGUUAUUAAGGGGCUUUGUUUUGUGACUGUGUUGGUUAAAAUUUAAAAAAGCAAUAACUUAUCGAUAGACUAACCAGUUUUAGUUGUUCCGUAAUGGAAAUAGACGUAACUCAGGAAAUAGAAUUAGAUAAAAGUGGGUGUAACUCAAAUCCUGAAGAAGAAAUUGAAGAUGCCAAUCAGAAAAUCAUUAACAAUUUGGAUAAUACAAGUGUAAAUAGUGAUGUGAAAGAAGUUGUUAAGCAUAGCACCAAUAACAACAAAAAAACAAUUAAACAUGCACUUCGACAACAAGCUAAACGAAGAAGAAAAAAUACCACAAUUGCUUCAGGAAAUUUACCUGCUGUACCGCGGAUAAUAGUGAAACCUAUGGCUCCACAUCCAGUGGAGGAACCGACCUCAGUGCCUACCACUAAAACUCCCACAAUGCGCGAAAUCCUCUCAUCCAUACCUGGUUUUACCCUUAAACCCAGAAAACGUACAAACAAAAAAUUAUCACCUGCAGCACAAAUCGAACAAACCAGGCAAGGUUGUAUAGAUUUAGAAACCCCUGACUCUAUACUAGUUAACACAAACCUAAGACUUUUGUUAAACAAAGCCACAUUUGCAUCUUUACCACUUCUUUAUCAAAACAAACUAGUGCAAUUGUUACCCAGUGUUGAUAGACAUGUAGUUAGUAGUUCAACAGAUCCUACAUCGUUGGACAUUAAUAGUUCUGGAUUAAACAAUGAGUUUUUUGCAAGGGCAUGUCUAGAAUGGCAAGAUCGGUUGGCAGAAGGAGAGUUUACACCAGAAAACCAGCAAAAGUUAAAACUUGAAGCUGACAAAGAAAGAAGCAAAUUGGAUCCAUGGAAACUGAAACACUUUGAACCAAUCUGGGGAGAUCGCAGUUGCCAAACUGACUCAAGUGAUUCUUCAUCAUCAUUAAUACCAGCCAGUAGGCCACCCAUAAAAACCACCAUAAAGCUACGUCCUUCUACUACAAAUGCCAGUAAUAAAAGCAAAACCGCACCACCUCCUGUUAAAAGGCUAAGAACUGUUGGGGUCAUGACCAGGUCUUGCACAAGUGUCAAGGUUGAAACUGACCCUAUUGAGGUUAAAUCACCCAUACCUGAUUUACUACCUAUAAAAUCAUUAAAGAACCAAGUACAAAAGGAAGAGACAAACAUUAAGUCUGAUAUUAUUAAAACCGAAGUAGAUCCACUUAGAACUACUGAUAGUCCUGUGGUCGAAAUACAUGAAAAUAGCAUAGUUAACAUUAGCGAUGCCAUCCUGACAACAAAUGAAGAGACAAUCAUAAUAUGUAGGGAAAAAAGAAGAAGAUCAAUGUCCUCAGAGGGUGAACCACAUUCACCCAAAAGAAGAACACCAAGUCCAUCUCAGGUUGAUAAUAGUUUUAAGGAUGAAUUUGUAGAAGAACAAAGUGAACCCUCAGUGGAUCCUCUUGCUCUAGAUGAGAGAGACGAGAGCCCUAUGGAGCAAGAUGAGGAAUAUUGUGAUAGAGACAAGGUUACAGAUGAAAAUAGCAGCAGUUCCAGCUCUAUUAUUCUACACAUGGAGGAAAUAUCCUCCAAUGAAACCAUAGAAACGGUGGACUCCCUCCAACUCCACGCCGAUUACAAAGAGGAAACAAACGAGACCGACGAUUCGUCCUCCAUCGACAUUAAAUCUGAGGAACUGGAGGCAUUUACCUCGGAUAAUCCCGAUUUGGUGAUAUCCGAAACUCAAAGCACUCCAGGCCAAUCGGAGACCACCACAAACAGCGAGGAGCCCAACGAUUUGAAACCAGACGACGUUGAACCUCCUCAAGAACAAGAUCAGGACACCUUUCAAAUACUCCCCAAUACUUUGAUCCUCCAACAGGAAUCCCUCAUACUGGAGAAGACUUCGUGCGAUGAAAACAGCAUCGAGGACCCCGAAAAGCUGGAGGCCAGCGUCGAAGAGUCGGAUCUGGUGAUUCAGCAGAUCACCGAGACGAACUUCGAAAACCGCACGCUUCACGAUGAAGACGACGCCAAUGAAGAUCGGUUUUUGGACGCGGAAACGUACGUGUUGGAGUCGGGGCAGAUCUCUUUGUCCGACAGCGAGAAAUUGGAGAAGGAAAGGACCGAGGUUGACAUCCAGGCCACUUUGUUUGGAGGAAACGUCAGCAGAGCUCCCGAAGAAUGCUGCUGGGGUCUAGUGGACUCCAGCACGGAGAAGCUGCUGCAAGUGCCGCCGCUGCAUAACCUGGAGGUGCCGGUGCCGGUAGUGCCGAGCAGUUUAGGCGAGGAACACGUCGAAGUGAUACCGAUGCAAGAGGAGUUGGAGGUUAGGCUUGAGGAGGGCACGUUUCCGGUGCCGAACGACUGGCCGUACGACGUGAAGAUGGACUCCGACAUGGUUGCAGCCGCCUUGGGGGUCACGGAAAACGAAAACGGCCCGGAGGAGACGGAGAAAACCGUGCAGACUUAUCCGGAGUUUGGCGGAAAUCAUGUUAAGCUUGAGCUUGAAGUGACUUUGACGCCGGAAAUCGUCAGUUCGGACAGUUUAAUUACAAGCACCGUGAACACGAGCAGCAAUGGCCCGAGCGGCUCAAUAACACCCCCGGUAAGCAAACCACCGACCACCGUAAUCCCGCCCACGACGAUAGUGUGCCUGCCAUCGGUGGUGAGCAGCGCCCCGAUGCUGAACUCGGUGGUGAACGAGGUGACGCAGUGCACGUCGAUACCGCGUCCCGGAACCGUGCAGAGCUCCAGCUCCCUGCCCUACCUGGCUCUGAGCACCAGUCAACCGAUCAGGGCCGUGUCGACGCAUAGCAAGUCGAAGCCCAAAAGUGCGCAGUCGGGCCCUUCCAACAGGAACAGGAGCAGCAACAAGCCGCCCCCUGGCGCGGUUAACUUGGAGCGCAGCUACCAAAUAUGCCAGGCUGUGAUACAGAAUAGUCCCAAUAGGGACCAGUUGAGGAUGUCUUUGAUUCCGUCAUCGUGUCAACUGAAACCGCCGCCGUCCCUGCUGGCGACUGCGACCGCCAACUCGUCGAAAAAGAUCGAAAACAACCGACAAACGCAGUACGGAGCCGUCACGUCGUCGCGCAGCGGCUCCAACAAGACGUUUACGCCGCCGCUGCCCGCUCCCGCCACAUACCAAACGGUGCAACCUGGCGGCGGGGGCGGCGGCACGGUGGCCGUCAAACCGGGCCCCCCCAAAGCGCGCCCUUUGCCGUACCAGCACCAAAGACAGCCCAGUCCGCCGGUCGUGGUCAGGCACGUGUUCACUUCGGGACAGGGGAUUCCCGUCACGAUGGCCGUGUUGCCGCAGGCGGCGUCCACGUUGAGUCCGGAGGUGAGAAAUGUGGUUGACGGUCAGAACCCUGUGGGUACAAUGGGUCCCUACAUCUUGGUGCAUCGCACGGGCGUCAACGACCAUCACCAUCAAAACCACCACCACCACAACGUGCCGCGAUCAUCGAGCGCGCCGCCCUCUCACCACCAAAUCGGCGGUGCCAUUAACACUGGCACCGUCUCCCAGAUGGUGGCGGUGCCGGCCCGCGGACGUCCCGCAAGCGUCGACGUCGAGCAUCAGCAGCAGUCAGCCGCCGCGGCGCAGAUGGUUCAGCAGCACCAGCAGCUGCAACAGCAAGGCCAGCAGCUGCCCAACGAUUUCGUGGUGCAGUGUCCGAAUCCGGGAACGCAGGCCGUCACCAGGAGGCAAAGGAUGCCACCAGGCGUAAUCUACGGCGACGUGAGCGUGGAAUCUCCGAUGCACAACUACACGCUGAUCGGCGAGAACGUGAUGGUCGACCAUCCGGGCGCCGCGAUGCAAUCGCAGAUGGUCGUGCAACAGCAGCAGCAGCAGCAGCAACCGAAGGCGCCGACUCCGACGGCGGUCAAGUCGGCGGCGGACGCGUCUUGCGCGUGCAGCCUGAAAGCUAUGGUCGUGUGCAAAAAGUGCGGCGCCUUUUGCCACGACGACUGCAUCGGUCCCAACAAGUUGUGUCGUACAUGCUUUAUACGGUAGGUUUAUUAUCGACUUUUUUGUAUGAUGCCUUUUGUUCUGCUUCUAUGACGUUGAUCGACAAUGAGAUUUUUUAAGGUCUGGGUUCUGAAUGCCUGGUUCUCGUUGUUUGUAGAUUAUUUAAAAAAAGUUAUACUUCUUCUGGGGCGAGAGUAAAAUUCUAGCCAACGGAAGUUGGCGAAAACUCGACACCGAGAAGUUAGCCGUCCAAGAAAAUCUAUAUAGUGAGAGUACGCGUAACGUAGACGUCCUAUUCGCUUGAAUGUUUGUGGCAUAAGAAAUAAGUGACUGUGCAUAUGUAAGAAAGAGAUGGAAAUAAAUCAUACAUUUCAAUUUAUUUACAACCUUCUUGAGUCACAUAAAAGGGUUUGACAAGUAGACAUUUUUCAAAAUUUCUAAUGUUUUCAAAAUCACAAUUUUUUUAAAAACUUUAAAACUGACAAAUUUUUAAAAUUGGUAGAUUAAAUCAUCAAAAUUAUGCUAUUAUGUUUUUUCAACAAAUCAUUUUAUCGUUUUUCCUACUUAUAUAAAAAAAAAAAUUUAUUUACGGUCUUAUACAGGGUGUCCCAGAACUCGCGCCACAGAGAAAAAGGGAACGUACCGAAAGUAAUUUGAAACACAUAUUUAA